AUAUGCCCCGGGAGCUCUCAUUGAAUGAACAGCCCCAAACACUGCACUUGGAGCAGCAAAUGACGCUGAGACGCCACCAUCCCUGCUGGAUUCACCCGCAUAAAUAGGCUGCAGAGUUUCCACCACCACCACCAACAAUCCACCGUCUUCCUCCAGCAGCCAAAGGAUUGGUGAUGGGAGUGCGAACCUCUGCCUGAUGCUGAAGGAAGACACAGUGCUGGGAAGAAGGAUAAGGCACAAACCCGAAAUGCCAGUUCCUCUUGUCCCAUAUCCAACACCUCCUGUACCAUUCACACCCCCAAAUGGUGGACAAAGCCAACUUGUGUGCUCAGGAUGCAGAAAUCUCCUUCUCUAUCCUCUAGGGGCAACAUCAGUAUGCUGUGCUGUUUGCAGUGCAGUAACAGCUGUGCCUCCGCCAGGUACAGAAAUGGCUCAGUUAAUUUGUGGAGGAUGUCACACACUUUUGAUGUUCAUACGUGGAGCAACUAGCGUACAAUGUUCUUGCUGUCACACAGUUAACCUGGCUUUGGAAGCAAAUCAGGUAGCACAUGUCAACUGUGGAAGCUGCCAUAUGCUGUUGAUGUACCAAUACGGAGCAAGAUCCGUGAAGUGUGCAGUUUGCAGUUUUGUGACUUCAGUUGGGGCUUUACCAAGCACUGAACAGAAACCUAGUAGCUGAAAUUCUGGAGACAAGAGUAUCGGCAAUCACUGUCCUAUUAUUGUUCAUCCUUCAGAUUUUGCUGUGGCAAUUUCGCUUUCCCCACGCGAGGAUAGUGGUCUCUGCAUCUUCUUUGCACCAAGAAAUUAUAGAGCUUCAUGUUAGUGCCCACAAUACAUGGUUUUUGUAUUGCUUGACGUGCGAAGACAAUCGUACAAACUGUUGUUUUUGUCUUGAAAUGCUGAUAUUGCUAGUUUGCAGUGGUUGGUCAGGUUUUUUCGGGUAUGUAAUGAACAAUAUUUUGGAAUAUUUUUCCUGGAUCUUUGUAUCUAGUCGCUUGUUUUAUACACUUGAAUGUAAUAAUAAUAUUCGAUCAGCA